AUGCAGCUCCAGUUCUACAACAUCAUCAACGAUGAGCUCCGCGGAAGCGAAGACACUCACACCGUGACCGAUCCCCGAACAGAAGAGGAGCUCUGGCCCUGCCCAAUCGCAACCGCCUCGGACUUUGAAGAUGCCGUCGCGGCCGCCUCCAAGGCAUUCCUCACCUGGUCACAAACCAGCCUCGCCGAGCGUCAAGCCUUGCUCGUGAAGCUGGCCGACAACAUCAAGGAGCACGGAGACGAGCUCGCAGCUGUUCUCGCCAGAGAGACCGGCAAAUCCGUAUGUGCUCAUCAUCCCGCUCACCUUGUCAAGUUUGAGCAGCAGCAGCAACAGCUUACCAAGACUUACCAGACCAUCCUCGCCAACAUCGACGUCCAAGCCGCCGUCGCCCAAUCCCUCUACUACUCCCAAAACGGCCUCUCGGACGAGAUCCAGCACGAGGACGACCACUCCAGAGUCAUCGCCACCCACAUCCCCAUCGGCACCGUCGGCGCCAUCUGCCCCUGGAACUUCCCCCUCAUCCUCUCCAACAUCAAGAUUGUCUCCUCCCUCGUGACGGGGAACUGCGUCAUCGUCAAACCCUCCCCCUUCACCCCUUACGCCGUCCUCAAGCACAUCGAACUAGCCAGGGGGAUCUUCCCCCCGGGCGUGCUGCAGGUGCUGAACGGGGGAGCGGAGCUGGGGGCGGCGAUGUGCUCCCACCCGGGGAUCCACAAGAUAUCCUUCACAGGACAGACGUCAACCGGGAAAAAAGUCAUGGCUGCUUGCGCAAAGACUUUGAAAAAGGUCACGCUUGAGCUGGCGGGAAACGAUGCUUGUAUUGUGCUUCCUGAUGCAGAUCUUGACAAGGCGGUGCCGAGCAUCGCUUCUGGGGGUUUCUUCAACGCAGGUCAGGUUUGUGUCGCGAGUAAGAGGAUCUACGUCCACGAGGGCAUUUAUGACGAGUUCCUGGAGAGGUUGGUGAGGGAGGUGGAGGAAAAGUAUCAGGUCCAGGAGGAUGGGACGGUGCCGAGCGUGUUUGGGCCGGUGGACAAUAAGUUGCAGUUUGAGAUUGUCAAGGGGAUUAUUGAGGACUGCAAGAGGAGGGGGUUUGACAUCAGGACGGGGGGGAAGACGGUUGAUGUGGCCGAGAGUGGGAAGGGGUUUUGGUUGGAGCCUACGAUUGUCAGUCGGCCGGAGGAGGGGAGCUUGCUGGUGCAGGAGGAGCAGUUCGGGCCGGUGUUGCCGAUUUUGGGGUGGAGUGAUGAGGAUGAUGUGGUGAGGAGGGCGAAUUUGGCGAAUGCUGGGUUGGGCGCGUCGGUUUAUUCGAGGGACUUGAAGGAGGCGGAGAGGGUUGCCAGGAGGUUGGAGGCGGGGAGUGUUUGGAUCAAUCAGAGUGAGAGGCCGAACUUUGCGGCUUAUUUCAGCGGGAUCAAGGAUUCUGGCUUUGGGGGGGAGAUGGGGAGACAGGGCUUGCUGAGUUAUGCUUACACCAAGUGUUUGCAUUUUACAAAGUGA